UGGAAAUGUAAUCUAUUUAUAUCCGCCAUUAAACUGGUUUUGUGAGUCGUCAUGGUAAACACUGAAGUUUCCUUCACCUUGGUCUGGCUUACCUACUUUGUCAUUGAAAUCGGUUGCCAUAGUUACUGAUUUCAAGGGUUUAGGCUUUCAAAGAAUGUAAGUAAGCUUUCUGCAAAAUUCAUCUUUUUCUUUAGUGGGAGCGUAAGCAGAUAUGUCGAGGCGAUAGUCCCGUGUUACUUUUCUUUGUCGUUACAGUAGUUAUUUAUCAGGCAACACAGGAGCACUACGUUCAGUUCUGGAGAGCCUGUCCUAUCUUAGAACUUAAUUCCAUAAUUAAGCCAGCGAACUCACGAGAAGUAGCAGUCAAGUUUCCAGAUAAACAAAGUGUAAAUCGCAUUGGUCCUCCACAUUUGGACUCUGUAUGUAAGUUCCGGAGAUGUAGCAAAUGUCAACGGCACGGGUCCUAGCUAAUAAAGCCUAUUGUGUAGUUUACAACACGUUUCAAACACUAAAAACCCCAACGUGUAGAUUUGGACGUGGUUUCACGAAACCAAGAAACAACACUUCCUGAAUUCAUAUCGUUUGCAUUGUUGGCACAUAGAGAAAAAUACGGAACUAUCAGACAACAGAGAUAGGUUGAAUGAAUUUGAUCGUCAACAAGAUUAGCAGAAUUGUAGUCAUCACUUCCCAGUUACCCAGACAGAAGUUUCUUUUUCAGUUAGUUGUCUGUAAAUGAAACUGAAUUAGUUAUGAUUUUACCAACUUUGAAGCAUGACCACUAUGCUUUUUUGUAAGUAGUUUCCUAUGAGUUAGUUUUAAAGCGUUACUGCCAAGGGUGCGAAUCUGCGACUAGAUGAGGUGUGCUUUUUUGGGAUUUAUUCUUGUCAACCAAUUCAUUCCCUUUGUUAGAGUCUUACACCACUUCAGAUGCUAGUUUUUGGAGAGGAAAACAUUUUAUUCAUACUUAACUAUAGUCAGCAGUAUAACUUCGCUUUCAGAUCUUAAGUUGUUUCGUUUAGUGUUAUCCCUCCGCCCUUGACCUUCCUAUUGCAGGGUAUAGGGUUCGGAUAGGUUGUCGUUUUUGAUAACUCUGACCACCUUAUCUAGGUAACAGCUACUGUCUGAUGUUGUUGAUUUAACCAAUCUAAUUAAAGAACUUGUUUAUUAACUUAAAGUUUUUUUUAUAUGUUUAUAGCACAAUACAAAUUAUGUUUGAAGGAUCAGAGCCUGGUUGUGGAGCAGGAAAGGGAGGUGGUGCCGGUGGUUCUAUUCGUGAAGCUGGUGGUUCACUAGGUAAAAGGGAAGCCACUUUAGAAGAUGAAUACUUCCGACGUUUGGAUAAACAAAACAUCGAAGCACUCAAAGAUAAACUGAAUAAGAAAUCUGUUGUGGAGAAUCAAUCUUCGAAGGAAUCUAACAUUUAAACGAUGGAUAAUAACAAUAAUAAUCUGUUUUACCGUUUUUUUAAUGCUUUUAGUAAUGUGUUAUACGCAUAGUUUCAUUAUGCAUUGACUAUUCUAUUUUUAAAACAACAAAUACAUCCUCUUUUUGCUUGU